AUGAGGUUGUCACCUUGGUCUCUUAAUGGUGCACGCUUUAUCGGUUAUAUACUUAAUAGUUUCUUAUGCAGUUGUAUUUUCUUUCUCACAUUACAUAUUAUUGAUUACACUCCUAUUGCUAUCAAUUCAUUAAGACUUAAUUAUCGUCGUCGACUUGAAUGUACAUGCUAUAGACAUCGAUUACCUCGAUUAGAUUUAAAUUUAAUAUCAAAUCUGCCCGAAAAUCAAAGUUUUCUUUGUAGUGAUUAUGCUACUCGACGUGGACCACAUCAGCGUAUUAUUUCUAUUAGUCUUUAUGGACCAAAAGAAAACAAAAGGUUUCAAUAUAAUCAAUCACUUUCUUUCUUAAAUGAACUCAUUAAUGAUGUAAAUACAAUUUAUCCUGAUAACUUUAUAUUACGUAUUCAUCAUGAUGAUACAAUUUCUCUAUCAGAUGUUAUAUGUCCUAUAGAAUGUCGAAAUCAUAAUGUUGAUUUUUGUAGUAUGAAUUCUAAACUUUUUAUUCCACCAAAAAUUUGGCGUUUUAUACCUGCUGGUGAUCCACUUGUUGAUGCUAUGCUGAGUCGUGAUCUUGAUUCACCAUUAACACGACGUGAACGUGCAGCGGUUGAUGCAUGGCUUGCUUCCAAUAAAUCAUUCCAUGCUAUGCGUGAUCAUCCACAGCAUGCGGUACCUAUGCUUGGUGGUAUGUGGGGUUUUCGACCUUCACUUAAUCCAACUAUGUCUCGUUUAAUACAUAAUAAAAUUCAUAAUCGAAGUUCGGUACAACGUUUUGGUGGUAGUGGUGAUCAAUCAUUUCUUUCCCGUGAAGUCUGGCCACAAGCUCUAUCAAGUAUCAUGGUUCAUGAUAGUUUUCUUUGUACUAGAAGUUAUGGUAAAAAUUCUCAACCGUUUCCAACACAACGUCCAUCUGCGAAUGAAACCAAUUGUUUUAUAGGUUGCGUAAGGUCUUGUUGUGGUGAUGGAAAAAUGCCUUUUGGUCAAUGUCCAAAAGAAUGUCGACCAAAAGAUCAUCCAGAAUGGAUUUAUUGUUAA